UACCCGUCCCGGAAGUUGUUACACAGCCGCUUCCGGGGCGGUGUGAGGAGGAGCCGGACUUCCAAUGGGUCGCAGCCGCAGCCGCUCCCCGCGAAGGGAACGCAGGCGGUCCCGCUCCACGUCCCGCGAGAGGGAACGCAGGCGCCGGGAAAGGUCACGCUCGCGGGAUAGAGAUCGGAGAAGGAGCCGCUCGCGAUCCCCGCACCGAAGGCGAUCCAGAUCUCCCAGAAGACACAGGUCCACAUCACCGUCCCCCUCCCGGUUGAAAGAGAGGAGAGAUGAUGAGAAGAAGGACAGCAAAGACUCAAAGAACAAAGAGCGUCAGAUUACUGAGGAAGACUUGGAAGGCAAAACAGAAGAAGAAAUAGAAAUGAUGAAGUUAAUGGGGUUUGCGUCCUUUGACUCCACAAAAGGAAAGAAGGUGGAUGGUUCUGUAAAUGCUUAUGCCAUAAAUGUGUCUCAGAAGAGGAAGUACAGGCAGUACAUGAACCGAAAAGGUGGAUUCAACAGACCUUUGGAUUUCAUUGCUUGAGAAGUGGAAAAGUUGAAGGCUGAUUUUUUUUUUCAUCAUGAUCAGAGUGGAUUUUAUACAUAUAUUUAAUAUGCAUCAAAAAGAAGAUCUCAGUUCUUCCUCCUUAUAAAGUAAGAAAACCUAAUUUAUAGUGUGUAUAGCUCAGUUACCUUUUGCCUCAAGAGAAGGAAAGUGGAACAUUGCAUUUUUUCUCUUAGGUAGUAACAUUUGGGGCAGUCAUCGGCCCAUUUUGUUUGUGCUUAUUCCUGUGGAAACUGUAUGUGCUUUUUUUUGAAUGCUCAUUAGGACCUUUUUUUUAAAUGACAGUAAUUUGGAUGUAAGUUUCUCCAAUAAAGCAAUAUUUCUAAUCUU